UCCAGGGGUCGUUUUUUUUAGAGUGGCAGGGUAUUCUGCAAUUACUCCCAAUUGGGGAAGGAUGGCCAUGAUGAUGGUGGGUACAACAAUGUGUACGUGUAGGCCUACACCCAGAAUUGUGAGGCAAAUGCGUCGGACAAGCCGUCUAACAGCUGGGCUACAUUGCUCUGGGCCAACACUGACGUACCAAAGUCAGCCUAACUAGCCAGAGGUUGGUCAUCCGGUGGCUGCCCCUACAUUUGGCUUGCUCAUUUGGGCACUUCCAGGCUAAAGAAUAUGGAGUUGCACAGGGUUACCAUGGUAACCAAGAUCAUGUUAGAAGUGACCGAGUCAAGAUGGGGUUCUGCAAGACACGAGUGUCUGUCACCAAACUGAAUCAUAUUAUUGUGAACGAGUUGGUUUGUCAAGGAGUCAACGCUGUUGGAAUUUCUCCUUGUGGUAGCUGGGUGACUGAUGACGGGAGUGUUGUUCAGUCUGAUAUAGACAGCAUCAAAGAUCUCCUUUUGGAAGGCUAUCAACCUGUGAUGCAUGGUGAUUGUGUGUUGGACAGAUGCAAAGGUUGCACUAUCCUCAGUGGAGAUACAGUCAUAGAGGUAUGCUGUCUUUUGGGCAUUGGAUUGGGGAACUAUUUCCCAACAGUUAAGGGGCCGGCAUUCUUCCCAUUUCCCACUCUCUGGGAAUUAAUUUUAAUUUUUCUUUUCACUUUUCAGAAACUGUGUUCAGUAUUUCGCCCUAAAUGUGUAUUAUUUCUGGCUGAUGUUGAUGGUGUAUAUGACAAACCACCAACAGACUUUGCUGCACAACUGCUUCCUGUUAUAACAAUAGGACAUGAUGGUGAACUUUCUUUACCUGUAGCAACAACACAGCAAGCACAUGAUGUUACUGGAGGUAUUUUGAAGAAGUUGAAAACAGCAGCUUCAAUUGUAAGAGCAAGCAACAGAGAUACCUCAGUAUUUAUAUGUCGCAUAAACAGCUUGGCAGCUUCCAAUGUUAUGACUAAUGGAAAACUGUUAGGAGAAUUUGGAACUGAAAUUAAGAUGCAGUUCAGUGAUGAGACAUUUCAUUGAAUCACCCAACGGUUAAUUCUGUGAGGAUUAGCAAGGAAUACCUUUCGUAUCGAAGAUCUCAAUCCACACAUGUUUUCAUUAUGUGCAAAAAUUGAGUUUUCCGCUGUACACGUUAUAUGAGUAUUCAUCACUUGCUAUUCUUUCAAUAGAAGUUGGGAAGAUGGCUCAUUUUUGUGGGGAGAAAAUGCAAACUGAAAUUCUACCGUGUUUGGUAAUUUACUAUGUUUCAAUACACAGUACAUCCAGUAAAUAUACAGAUGCAAUUUGAAUGAGUUUUCCAGAUAAUUUGGACUUUUGAGUUUCAUUUUUCUACAAACACUAUGGUGAAUAAAUGAAUAAUCACUUGUUAUUGUUUCAA